UAGAUAACGCCAAAAUCGCAAGUUAAAUAUAAAUUUGUUGAAACUUCAAUUAGUAUAAAGUUUUAGCUGAUACAUAAUAUAGGGUUUGUACUCAGAACAUAAUGACCAACUACAUAGUCAUCAAAUUUAGCAAUUAACUGAAACUUUAUUACGACCCCUAUACUCAUGCCUUAGUAAGUAUAUGUAUAUGUAUUCACAAGUUACAACUAUAAUAACCCACCACUUUUACCAAAUAUAAAUCAAAGCAGUUGUCAUGGCAACUAUAAAAGGUCAAAACUAAAAAGUUUUCCUAAGAACGAAAACUUCAGAAAACCUUUAAAGGAACUACGCAGCACAAGUUUUUUUUAAGAAGCAAAGACUAUUUUAUAAAAAAACAAAAAUGUCUACCGAUGAUUCUUGGGUAUUUGAUUCUUUGGUAUGUUUUUUACAUGGACCUGUAUGGAAUGCACCAUUGCAAACAUUUAUUGAAGAGAAAUCAUUGAUAUUUGAUCCCAAUUUACAAUUGGAUGAAAAUAAUUCGGAUAUUAAACAAAUUCAUGAAGAUUACAAAAAUUUGGUGGACUAUAUGUUGGGGACAUUUAUGGAGGAAAUGCAAAUAACACCAGAACAAUUUGAAAUGGCUUGCAUGGAGGGUAAGCAACAGCACAAGGAUAAUCCUUUUCAAUUUCAUCAGGGUUUAUUCCAACAGAUUUGGGCUGCUAAUGAUAUAAAAAUUUUCAUACGUAUGAUGACUCAACGUAAUGUUGAAUUACAACUACAGGCCUUAGAUUUAAUUGAGAAAAAUCAAUUGGCUUUGCUACAGGAACACGAUAGUUUUGAUAGUCCUACUGAUAGUCUACAUUCACAGAGCGAUAAAUUGACAGAUGUUGAGGACUUUAUUGCCAAGUCGGUGGAAAAAGAAACAGAAACUCCAGAGGCUGCUGUAACACCGGAUCAAGAAGAUAAUGAACAGGAAGUUACCGACAAAUUUGAACGAUUAAAUUUAUUUUUUGAAAAAAAUCAAAAGAUUAAUCCUGACGAGAUGUUAACCCGUCAGGAAUACUUACGACAACAACGCGAUAAAAUAAUCGAAAUCAAAAAGAAGACCCGAGCUAAACAACUGCAAGAAACUGUAGCCAAAACCCUUACAGCAGCUACGUCAACAGCAAUAAAUGCUCGUCCAACAUCUGCUCAAGUGGCACAGAAACUAUUGGAAAAUGUAUCGAAUGUAACGAAACCCAUGGCCGGCUUAGAGAAAGUAGAUGACACUGAAACUAAUACAGCUUUGCAAUUGAGAAAAACCCUUGCAAAACGUUUAAAAGCCGAAGUAGUAGAAAACAAUUAA